UGGCAUCAAACAGUUGGUGUGAAGGGGAGAAUCACAGUUGCUGUGUAGUUGUUGAAGGGAAACACUUCUAAACAAUUCAAAACCAUGGAGCUCUUUGAGACCAAUCCCUAUUUUUUCCAAGACCAAAGAUUUUAUGACAAUGAAAAUUAUUUUUCUGCAAGACUCCCUACUUAUGAGCAAACAGGGUACCAGGAUCGUGGGGCGAUAGGAAUUUGUGCAGAUGGGGCAAUGUUGCAGGGAUCAGGGAUUGAAGAUAAAGUGUCACCCCUUACUAACAUAGGCCAACAAGAUCACUGCCCUGGCCAAUGCUUGCCAUGGGCUUGUAAAAUGUGCAAGAGGAAGACAGUUUCUAUGGACAGAAGAAGGGCAGCUACACUGAGGGAAAAACGCCGGUUAAAAAAAGUCAACGAGGCAUUUGAAGCCCUAAAAAGAAGCACUUUGUUGAACCCAAACCAAAGACUUCCUAAAGUUGAGAUCUUAAGGAGUGCCAUCCAGUAUAUAGAACGUCUGCAAGCUCUGCUGGCAUCUCUCAACCAGCAGGAAAGGGACCAGAGAGAUUUGCUGUAUAUUAGUAAUGGAUCACAGCGGGUGGUAUCUAGAGACUGUGGGUCAAGUUCUUCAUCUAGUAGCCCAGUAUGGAACGAGUCUGAUUUUAGCAGCAGCCAAAGUGAUCAUCUUUUAAGCGAUGAUUCAACUGAGCAACGUGACAUCAAUUCCUUAACAUCGAUUGUGGACAGCAUCACGUCUGGAGAGGUGUCAAUAACCUUUCCAGAGCAGCAUAUUCAAAAUUAAUAUAGCUUUGGAUCUUUGUGUAAGCUUUUUGAUGCUACAAGUUUAUGGGCUUAUAUGUACUAAAUGCUCUUCCACAAUGCCUUAUUCGAACACUACUAUAAAAUCUGUAUUUUAAUAUGUA